AUGGCUAGCCCACUCACUGACCGUCGUGCCGCCGUCGAUUGUACCACUUUCAAUCUGACUUCUUUCUGCGCAAAGUGCGACGAAGAUAAAUCGAGGAAGAUAAAUCGACGAAGAUAA